GCCACUGGUGCCGUCCGCCGGCUUGAUCGUGUGGCGAGGCCGCUGCCUCGUCUGGAAGAAUUUCGAAUCCCGCUCGUCACUCCUAGGGUUUUUGAUCUCACUCUCCGAGAAGUCGCCAAGGAACCUAAGUAAUGCGAGACUGCUUGAAGAUGAAGCUACCGUGGAGAAAGGAGAUCGUGCGAGAAUGGCAUCAUUUGUUGGUGCUAUGGCAAUUGCAGAUCUGGUCAAGACAACUUUAGGCCCCAAAGGAAUGGAUAAGAUAUUGCAGUCAACUGGUAGAGGACAUAGUGUCACCGUUACUAAUGACGGUGCUACAAUUUUGAAGUCACUUCAUAUUGACAAUCCAGCUGCUAAGGUCCUUGUUGAUAUUUCUAAAGUGCAAGAUGAUGAAGUUGGUGAUGGAACAACCUCUGUUGUUGUUUUAGCUAGAGAACUUCUCAGAGAGGCUGAAAAAUUAGUAAAUCAAAAAAUUCACCCAAGGACGAUCAUUGCAGGAUACAGAAUGGCUGUUGAGUGUGCAUGUAAUGCAUUGCUGCAGAAGGCAAAGGAUAACAAACAAGAUCCAUGCAGGUAUCGAAUAUUUUUAAUGCUUGCAGUUGUGCAUGUGCAACUUGGAACAAAUAUGUAUAUAUUUAUUUCUGUGCUUCUGUUGAGGUGGGCAGUGUAAGUUUUGAUGUGGGACAUAUGUAUUAUUGGUUGAGGUUCUCCCAUUGGCUUUAUUCGAACCAAUGAUUAAAUCAAAAUACAACUCUUACGUUGAGCUGAAUUUGUAUCCAAUCUAUAUAAU